GCGCGUGAGUGAGUGACUGAUGUACUCACGGCGAACGCUAUUCCUUUUUCAUCAUGGGAUUUACGGGCAGCAGCAGCAGCAGCGUGCGGCAAAUGGCCAUCUUGUCUCUGGUUGUGGUGCUGCUGCAAAGCUUCCAGUCGGGCUCCACCAGCCCCUCCAUCGCUAACAUAGACAUCGAUGGGGCUCUGGGCGGGCUCCAACAGGCGCUCGAGGGCUUAGAGCAACAGAAUGAAAACAAUAGGUUGGUGGUUCGGGACCUCACCAGGCAAACGCUGCUCAAUAUCUUCCAGUCGGAGGAUAGGAUCCGCGCCGAAGGCGACUCUGGGAUCGUCCAAGUCCGAUAUUCCAGACUGGGCACCAAAAACUACCACGCCAAUACUUUUGUGGGGACGUCAUUUAUCUCUGUGCAUGACCACAGUAAUGCCAUCAACACGUGUGGGAUGGGAGAGUUCAUCGCCGUCCUGAAUGGCGUGGAGUUCCAAACCCGACACAACGACUACCUGCUGGUGAUGCCCUCCACUACAUCCAAAGACUGGCACGCCACAGAACCUGUGCCCUUCCCGCCCGUACCGGAGUCAGUGACCAGCUUGCCCACACCUGAGGUAGACACUGCCUGCUGA